CAUGACUCAACACUGACCGCAUCAGGCCAACAUGGCGGCUACGUCUGUCUUCCAGAGGGUGAGAACAGGCUCCAAAAUAGGCGCCCAGUAUGACCAAGAAGGCAACCUCAUUCAGGUGGAGACACGAGAGGAUGAAGAGCAGAGCGUCAAGCUGGCAGAGAUCUUGGAGCUUCUGCUGGCAGCUGGAUACUUCAGAGCCCGAAUCAAAGGACUGUCCCCCUUUGACAAGGUGGUUGGUGGGAUGACCUGGUGCAUCACGACAUGUAACUUUGACAUCGAUGUGGAUCUUCUCUUCCAAGAAAACUCGACUAUCGGCCAAAAAAUAGCCCUCACAGAGAAAAUAGUUUCUGUUUUGCCUAAGAUGAAGUGCCCUCACCGCCUGGAGCCCCAUCAAAUCCAAGGGCUGGAUUUCAUUCACAUUUUUCCAGUGAUACAGUGGCUGGUGAAACGAGCCAUAGAGACCAGAGAGGAGAUGGGUGACUACGUGAGAGCCUACUCCAUAUCUCAGUUCCAGAAGACCCACAGCUUCCCAGAGGAUGAAGAGUUUCUCCAGAGGAAGGACAAGGCAGUGAAGGCGGUUCUCGAUGUAUCGGACGUGUACAAACCCCAGAGGAAGUACAGGAGGCAGGCAGACGCAGGGGAGCUGCUGGAUGAGGAGUCCAGGGUUCACUCCACUCUACUGGAGUAUGGCAGGCGAUACGGAUUCAGCAAGCAGUCCAAACAAGACAAAGCAGAUGAACGGAAGGCCUCAUUGGCUGGUGGCUCUCAGGGCACGCCCACUGGGAUGACAGAAGUGUCGGAGGAGGAGGACCUGCAGGCGGCGGAGGAGUUGCGCAUCAAAACCCUGAUGACCAACAUGGCUGCCAUGGCGACUGAGGAGGGGAAGCUGACGGCCAGCGCAGUGGGCCAGAUAGUGGGACUACAGUCUGAGGAGAUCAAACAGAUCGCCUCAGAGUACGCUGAGAAGCAAUCUGAGCUGUCAUCAGACGAGCGCUCGGAGCGCUACGGCCCGCUACAGCAGCACCGCAGGACGGUGGCCUCGCUCAACAAACAGAUCCAGCACAAGACCAAGCAACUGGAGGAGUUGCAAGCCAAACAUGCGGAGGUGAAGUCAGGCUGUGAGGAGGCCAAAAGAAAACUGACAGAGGCCACAGAACAGUCUGAGAGACUGGAGAAAGAGCUCAAGUCCUUAGAAGAAGUGGAGACACAAGCUGACAGCAGCUUGUUGGAGAAGCUGAGGGCUCUGGUGGCGAUGAAUGAGAACCUGAAGCAGCAGGAGCAGGAGUUCCGCACACACUGUAGAGAGGAGAUGGCCCGUCUGCAGCAGAACAUUGAGGAUUUGAAAAUGGAAUCAGGAGAUAACACAGAGGAGGAAAAGGAGAGGAACCAGCUGAUAGACAAGCAGUACAACACAGACAGAGAAAAACUACAGAAGAUCCGCCUGCUCAUGGCUCGGAGGAACCGCGAGAUCGCCAUCCUGCAGAGGAAGAUCGACGAGGUGCCCAGUCGGGCUGAGCUGACCCAGUACCAGAAGAGAUUCAUUGAACUGUACAGUCAAGUUUCUGCAACGCAUAAGGAGACAAAGCAGUUCUUCACCCUGUACAACACCUUAGAUGACAAGAAAGUGUAUCUUGAGAAGGAGGUCAACCUGCUGAAUUCCAUUCAUGACAACUUCCAACAGGCCAUGUCGUCUUCAGGAGCCAAGGAGCAGUUCCUCAGACAGAUGGAGCAGAUAGUGGAGGGAAUCAAACAGAGCCGCAUCAAGAUGGAGAAGAAGAAGCAGGAGAACAAGAUGAGGAGAGAUCAGCUGAACGACGAGUACCUCGAGCUGCUCGACAAACAGAGGCUCUACUUCAAAACCGUCAAGGACUUUAAAGAGGAGUGUCGGAAGAAUGAGAUGCUGCUGUCCAAGCUGAGAGCUAAGGGCGCCUCUUAGCCCUCAUAUCACUGUUUGGUAAAUAGUUUGCAUUUUGACAUAUGCCUUUUUCAACACUUGAGCUGGAGCUGGAACGUGUUUUCUCUGUGAGCACAGUGAAUCAGAGAUCCAUUUCCCAUCUGUGCAGCUUUUUUCACACAUUCCUUACUCAGUUGUAUCUUAUUUUCUGGUUUGCACAGUCGUAAACAGACGGUUUCUGCCAUUUAAGACCUGGAUAUGUGAGAAUGUACAAAAAUUUUCUGUUGUAAUAAUGUGCCAUUCACAUGUGCCAUAUCUAAAUGAGAGAAGAGCAUAAAUAUGAAAAGAAAAGGUGCUGCUUUUCUGACACAUGACUACAGUUUUCACUUCAACAGCUUAUAUACAUGUUAAACUUCACAGAGUCAUGACAUUGCUAAUUUAAGUAAGUACAAGGUUCCUUCGUCGGAAUGUCGGAAACGUGGAAUUUCCAGGUUUUGAACCAUUUUGGAAAUGUGCAAACUCCGGAACCUGGAAACCUGGAAAAAUCUGAAGAAAUUGUUUGACAGAUUGUGAUAUUUGUUGGCACAGUGUGAUCAUCAUGUCACUCGCAGCCCCGAUCAGCAUCAAUUACUAACCAGUAUCUGCAGAUCUAGACAGCAAAGGAUUGAAUUUCAAAAACAAAAAUGUGUAUUAAAAGUUACAUGAUAACUUUUGCACUUUUGGGUCUUUUGACUGUACAGACAAGUAGCACAAAUCUCAAAUAUACAUACUUGUAUUUAUCAUCUUUUACUGCACUACGCAGUUUUUACGUAAAAAUAUACCCAUCCUCAGUCUAAAUCCUACACAGCAGAUUCACCCCAUUUACUAAAUUUUGGUGUCUGGUAGGGACACUUUUCCACCCACAGGCAUUGACGAAUCAAAACUUCAAACAGGUCCUUUAUGAAAUGAUCCCACAGAAUUGAGAAAUGCUUUAUUUUGUGAGCGAGCAUCUCAUCCAGAAACAGCCAGACUCAUUAGCAUUUGAUUUUUUUCGUCUUUCUUGACUUCGGUACUUUUUGACUGAAAGCAUUACAGAACAGCCUGCUUGGCAAACAUGAACAUGUUGUGUACAGUUUACUGAUGCCACCUUACAGGAUUUCUGAGUAUAAGUUACCCCACAGCGGUCUCUGAAGUUGCCUCAUGUAACUUUAAAAGAAGCACUUAAUAUUUACUUCUUAAUUCUUUGCCAAUGAUGCUGCUUUUAUGUACUGCAAAAACAGCAGCUCCUGAAGUGUCUUACAUUUGCCUUUGUCACAUUUUGAGAUCAAAACCAUAGAUAUUUAAUGAAUAAAAGAGUCUUUGUGUUAACGACUGUUAAA